CAUACACCUACCUAAUCUUAUAAAUACCAAUAUUCAAAGAGCUCUAUUACCGUCCAAUAUCCGAGACAUCAAAAAGCUAAAAGCUAAAAAUAAUAGUUUAAGUACGUAGUAUCAUGGGAAAAGAUAAGUCGGUCAAGAAGAAUCAAUCUUCAAAUCCUCCCGCAACAGUUGCGGCCCGAUCACCAAGUUGGCCACCAUUUAAGCCGCCGCUACCUGUUGUGCAACUUUACCCAGAAGCCCCUGUCGAGGGAUUGGAGGACAAGAUUAUCCUACUGCGAAACUUCUGGCCAAAGAGCCUUUGUCGAGACUAUGUCAAUUUUCUCAAGACGCUACCCUUGACGACUACCCCUGGCCGCCCAAAGCGUGGCGAGGCAGUAAGGGUGAACGAUAGGUUCCAAGUUGACGACAACCGCUUCGCUGAGAAACUAUGGCUUGAAACAGGAUUGAAGGAUAUCUUGCUGGACGAGUCUUAUAAACAUCUAUGGGGUGGCGAUGCGGUAGGCUUAAAUCCCAACAUCCGAGUAUAUCGAUACUCCAAAGGGCAAUAUUUUGAUUGCCACUACGAUGACUCAAAUUUAGUGACUCUACAACACCCUGACGAGUCAUCUAGCACCAUCAACACCAAAACAACUUGGACGCUAUUGUUGUAUCUGACUUCGGCGGCUGAAGGCUGUACUGGUGGAGAAACCGUUUUCUAUCCUCGAGACCGCAAAUCACCAAAAGAAGAAAUUGCCAUUGCCCCUGAAACAGGGUUGCUUCUACUUCAUAAACAUGGCGAUGACUGUUUGCUACACGAAGGUCGAGAAGUAACAGCAGGAGAAAAGUGGAUAAUUCGCACUGAUCUUUGCGUAAAAAAGUGAUUCGUUGGAGCUUGCGCGCUUGGAGAUACCUAGUGCAAGAGGUCCCUCUCACUCAUGGCGUUGACAAGUCCUAAAUCACUUUCUUGGUUAGGUAGCCAAGCAAGAAAUCAGCUGGCUAUUUGAAGCUAUCUUCACCCAAGAGAAUUAAAAUAACUAGCCUUGUUCUCGAGCCAGAUCCGAACACCCCUAAGCAGAUACGAUCCAGGUCAGCAAACCGUGCUUUUCAAUAGUUUAGCGGGUAUGCAUCUCCACCAUUUCAUACUUCCCGAACCUCAACCAAAGU